AGAAAAAAAUACCCACCAACAAUAUAGCCAUGUCGUCCUCCGGUACACAGAGCCCAAUUUCGAACUCCGGCGAUAAAAACACGGAUGAAGAAGCUGUUUACUCCUCCGCGGUACACAACCUUAUCACUGUUAUCAACGGCGGAGCCAUCGGUUUGCUGCAGAUCAAAGAGAAUUCCUCAGCUUCAAUCAAUGCUGCAGAUCGUCAAGCCACUAUCAUCUCUUUCUGCGUCUUUAUUCUGAUCUACGCCGUCCUCCGAGUCACUGAAGUAAAGCUCAAAAGAAACCAAGCUACGAUCCAUCACUUCGUUGGACACAUCAGCCAUCUCUUUGGUGCUCUUGCAGCUCUCAUGCUCAUCUCCAUUGUUUCUCCCAUCUUCACUCUCAUCGUUGCCCCUCUAUGGCUUGUUUGGUUCUUGGUUGUUAUGUAUUUCUUUUUAGUAGAGGUCAUUUGCAUGGUGAAGAUUAAGCACCCAGACCCAGGGGACGCAAAUCCGACGUACCAGAUCUCUCAAGUAUAGUAGUUUACACUAGUAGCUUGAGAUUCCGAUCAUCAUGUUAUGUUGCUUUCUUAGAACUGAGCUUUCCGUGAAUUAUCAAUCCGGGAUUCUCAUUCUGUGUUAUUAUGAAUUUUAUUUGAAACUGGAUUAUACGUCAAUUAAAUAUAAUCCCUGUCUGGGU